GACGUGUUUUGUUCGGAGUCUGGACAAUGGUUCGAGGAGGAUGUUGUUUACCAUGGCUAUACCAAACUCCCGCAGAAAAAAUGUGUGCUCGUGCAAUGGGAUGUUGUUUUGGUUGUGUGUUACAGCUCUGAAUGAAAAUGUGGUUAAGAUGUCGAUGUCUUGCUUUGCUACUCCGAUUUCGAGAUACGAGGAAUUACGAGGUAUGUAUGACGGACACUGCAGCUGGUUCAGAGCAGCAAACAAGAAUUCCCUCAAAUACUACUGGUUCAGAGCAACGAAAAGCAUAAAAGACGAUGUGGUGAACAGAUUGUUUACGAAUCCGAUUCCCAAAGGCAAGAAGAGACUUCCGUAUUAUGAUCAGAUGUCGAUGUUCACUGAAGAGCUGUCCCAAUUGACAGCUGAAAGACGAGAAAUUCUCUCUCGUGGAAGGGAAGGAGUGCUAGAAAGUUUUGAAUGUGAAUUCCAGUUCUUGUGUUGCCUGAUAAUUGACUAAGAUUAUAAAGUAGGUUACACCCUGUGCAUUGGGCCGACAAUUGUUUUCUUCUUCUUCUUCUUUUGUGCUAUGUAGUUUAUGAAUACAUAUAUUUUUCUGCUUCCGGAGUGUCGGUUCGAUAACCAAACCGAACCGAAGCCCGAUUACCCAAAAAAACAAACACGUAUUCAUUUGAAAACCGAACCCAAAACCAAUAAGGGAUUUUUGUUUUUGGUUAACCGAAACUGAAAUUCUCUUAACGGUUUUACGUUUGGUUAUAGCAAAACCGAAACCCAAAAAAUAGAAACAAACUAUGAGAUAGGAACAGUUGCUAUGUCUUUAGGUUUUUGGAUUGAACCCGAAAUCGAAAAGCAAAACCAAAACUGAAAAACCGAUAAUGCGUCUUAGCCGCCAUUGCCUUUUAUGGUAUUGGAUACUAACUGCCAUUCCCGAAAAUAUAAAAAACCAACUGAAUCAUCUCAGCCAUCCCUGCUCUGGUUUGGCACUGAGCUAGGGUGCCCUAGUAAACGAUAGUACAUAUU